AUGGCGGUUCCACAGUGGAAGCUGAACGUUUUAAAUCAAUUACUGCUCCGUGAUCAACGUCAAACACAUGCUUUCGAAGAUCUCAUUCGUCAUUAUGGAUCUCUACGAAGUGGAGUCUCCCAGCUAGACCGGGAGAAGAUUCGCUAUGAGCAAGAACUAAAAGCUUGUCGCCAGGAGGUUUCCACGUUGACCACAAAACUCGAAAAGUCUUGUGCAAUGAAAUCGUAUGACCACGAACAAAAAGUUUUCCGUUUACAAGAGGAGGUCACGGAACUUCAUAGGGAAAAGGGUGCACUAAUGAAAGACGAAAAGUUUGCUAUGGAAAUCACCCUGAAGUCCUUAGAGGAGAAGAGCAGAGAAAUAGAAGAAGAUAGGCAAAAACUCUUAACACGUAUUGCAGAACUUCAAGAAACUAUUCAAGAACUUCGUAAUAUCGAGCAUGAUAUCAAGUACAGAGACUAUCCGGAAGCUUCUAACGUUCGCUCUGUUGUUCCCCAAAAGGCACUUGUAAAAAUAGAUGCCAACGAAGGAGAAGUAAACAGUGUGCGUUUCACUCGGUCGGGAAAUCUGUUUGGUUCCGCCGGAUUCGAUAGGAAGCUACGGUUAUGGGCAGUCAAUGACAGUAGAUGUGAACUGCGAUCCACGCUGGUCGGAUGCAAUGCGGCUGUGACUGCCAUCGACUUCGAUCCGAAUGUACGUAUGGAAAAUUUUGCUUUCAUGUUAUGCACUUAUCUACUUAUGGUUUCGUGUAUUUCGAUUAACCAGUUUCUUGUAACUUGA